AUGGUUCUCGAAUAUGCAGAAAAUGGUAACCUUAAUAAUUGGGUAAAUAAAAAUUAUAAAAAUUUUUCUUGGUUACGUAGACUCAAUAUAUUACAAAAUAUUAUUAAAGGACUUAAAGAAAUUCAUCGAAAAGGAUUAGUACAUCGUGAUUUUCAUACAGGAAAUAUAUUACUAAUGACCAGUAAUUUUGGUAAUGACAUAUCAUUUAUUUCGGAUAUGGGAUUAUGUGGAGAAGUUGGUAAUAUGGAUGAAACAAAAACAAAUAUUUAUGGAGUUAUGCCUUAUGUAGCCCCUGAAGUAUUAAGAGGAAAACCUUCUACUCAUUCGGCAGAUAUAUAUAGUUUUGCUAUGAUUAUGUAUUUUGUAGCAGCUAGAAAACAACCUUUUGUUGAUCAUGCUCAUGAUAAUGUUUUAGCAUUAGAUAUAUGUAAUGGAAUUAGGCCUGAAAUAAAUGAACAAGAAGCACCAAAAUGUUAUAUUGAUUUGAUGAAUAAAUGUUGGGAUUCAAAACCGCAAAAUAGACCAAAUGCUAUUGAAAUAGAUAAAUUGAUCUUAUCAUUUCGUGAUAAUUUUAUUGCGGGAAAGGGAUUCGACCUUCGGCCAAUCAUUCCGAAACGAAACUCUGGUCGAAAGUCGAAAACUGAGCCGAAAUUUUCUGGCCAGCAUUAUUGAAUUUCGGCCCGCAUUACAAGUUUGUGUAACAUUUAUGUAACACAAAAUUCCAUCGAAGCGAAAUUUUCCUUGUGUAACAUUCUUACCUGGUGGCUAAACUUUUAUCCGAAGUCACGCGGGCAUAAUUCUGGCCGGCACUACAAUGUUGGCC